AUUAAAAUAAAAUAAAAACAAAUAAACUGAAAAACAGUGAAAACCAUAUCGCACUGUACCAUAACUUCCACCACCGCCACCGGCGCCAAUCACCACCACUUCCGGCGAAUCUACGCUACAACAAUCGGUAACGCUCUCUCUCUUUCCUUCGCUUCCUAUUUCUGUUUGAAGGACUACAAGAGUGAGCAUAGCAUGGCUUUAUCCUUUUCUUAUGCUAUCACAAAACCGUUUUUGAGGGUCCAAGACAAAAGCAUGAACUGUGAACUUCAGAGACCAAAAAAUGGUGUUGUAGCUUUGAUUAAGUGUGAAUCAAAAGAGUCAUCACCAGAGUUGCCAGAAAAACCUUCCAAGUUGGAGAUAGGGUCACCCAUUAUCUUUAUUGAAGCUCCCAAGAUCAUUAAGACCGCAGCUACUAUGCCCUGCCUCAGGGUCAAUUCUGGCCUAGUCAAACCUGGUGAUGUUGGAAGGAUUGUUUCAAGAAAACCCAAAGAUGUGUGGGCAGUGCGGCUAAGAAUUGGAACUUAUCUUAUAGAUGGGAAAUAUUUCAAGCCCUUGGAUUUGGCUGAGUAUAGCUGAAUAAUGACUGAGAAAUUGCUCCUAAAACCACUUUCACUCAAUGCCAACUUGUUAGUUGAUCCGUGGCAUACGAUAUUUUGUAUACUUUUACUGCAUUGUGUAACUUAGUUGAGCAAACUAUAUGAAAUUAAUGUUUUUUCGUAAUUUUUUCAUCUUUUACUAAUAAAGUCAAGAAGUUUUGCCA